GAGGGGACAGCGCUGGCUCGGGCUGGGGAGUCGAGCAGCUGCCUGAGCGUGUUCAGGGGCGGGGGAGCCGCAGCCUGCUAAGGAGCCGGAGCCAUCGCGCCGGCAGGCUGCACCGGCAGGCAGCCGCCCGGGAGACGGGCGCACAAUGGGCUACUGAGCAGCUGCCGCGCGGGGGGCCCGCCGGGGGGGCACAGCCCGGCGACGGGGACCCGGGCCGCAUUCCGUCGCCGUGGUGAUCCGGGGCUGCGGUUGCCAGCGCCUGCGAUUGGUGGGAGCGGGGUCCUGCUCUGGCCGCGCCGGGAGCCCGGGACGCGGGGGCCUGAGAGCUGGGCAUGGGCGGGCGCCGCGGGCAGGCCAGGCGAGGCGGGGCAGCAGGGAGCCCAGGUGCCCGCCCCGGCGCUGGGGCGUGAGGGCCUGCCGGGGCCGGGGGCCGGAGCCGCCAUGAGGGCCUGCUCGCAGGGCAGCGCGGGGGCCGAGCAGCUCUCCAGCCUCCAGGUCUUCGCCAACAACUGCUCGCUGCACGGCGUCAACCACAUCUUCCGGCACGGCUCGCUCUCGCUGCGCCGCGUGCUCUGGGCCCUCUUCUUCCUGGGCUCGCUGGGGCUGCUGCUGGUGGUCUGCAUGGAGCGCGUCACCUACUUCUUCACCUACCCGCACGUCACCAGGCUGGACGAGGUGGCCGCGCCCAACCUGACCUUCCCCGCCAUCACCAUCUGCAACCUCAACGAGUUCCGCUUCUCCCGCAUCACCCGCAACGACCUCUACCACGUGGGCCAGCUGCUGGCCCUGCUCAGCGACCGCUACGAGAUCCGCAGCCCCCACCUGGCCGAGCCCCAGCUGCUGGCCGCCCUGCGGGACAAGGCCAACUUCCGGCACUUCAAAGCCAAGCCCUUCGACAUGGCCGACUUCUACAACCGCACGGGCCACGACAUGGCCGAGAUGCUGCUGCAGUGCAGCUUCCGCGGCGCCGACUGCGGCGCCCAGAACUUCACCGCGAUCUUCACACGCCUGGGCAAGUGCUACACGUUCAAUGCCGGGGCGCCGGGCACCGAGCCCCUCACCACCGUCAAGGGCGGCUCCGGCAACGGGCUGGAGCUCAUGCUGAAUAUCCAGCAGGACGAGUACCUGCCCGUCUGGGGGGAGAGCGAUGAGAUCUCCUACGAAGCUGGGGUCAAGGUGCAGAUCCACAGCCAGGAGGAGCCGCCCUUCAUCGACCAGCUGGGUUUCGGUGUGGCGCCCGGCUUCCAGACCUUCGUGUCCUGCCAGCAGCAGAGGCUGGUCUACCUCCCGCCCCCCUGGGGGGACUGCAAAUCCACCCCCAUUGAAUCCGACUUCUUCACCAGCUACAGCAUCACGGCCUGCCGCCUGGACUGCGAGACCCGCUACCUGGCCGAGAACUGCAACUGCCGCAUGGUGCACAUGCCCGGGAACGCCAACGUGUGCACGCCCGAGCAGUACAAGGAGUGCGCCGACCCUGCCCUGGACUUCCUGGUGAAGAAGGACAGUGAGUUCUGCGUGUGCCGCACGCCCUGUGACAUGGUGCGCUACGGCAAGGAGCUCUCCAUGGUCAAGAUCCCCAGCAAGGCCUCAGCCAAGUACCUGGCCAAGAAAUACAACAAGAGCGAGCAGUACAUCUCGGACAAUGUGCUGGUGCUGGACAUUUUCUUUGAAGCCUUGAACUAUGAGACCAUCGAGCAGAAGAAAGCAUAUGAGGUGGCAGGGCUGCUGGGGGACAUCGGGGGCCAGAUGGGGCUGUUCAUCGGGGCCAGCAUCCUCACCAUCCUGGAGAUCUUCGACUACCUGUACGAGGUGUUUCGGGACAAACUCCUCAGUUUUUACAAGAACAAGAAGAGACCCCAGAGAAAUAACAGCGACAACCUGAGCACCUGUAACACCCUGCGGAGCCACUCGGACAGUCUCGGCUUCACCCCGAACAUGCUACCUCGGCACCCGGCUCUCGGCAACUUCGAGGAGUUUGCUUGCUGAGGGGGUGGCUGCGCCUUGCAGUCCCAGCCCACCGGCCUCUCGCCUCCAGCAAGACCCGAGCCGCUCUGGCCAGGCAGACACGGCUUGGCGGCACAGAGGGCACCAGGACAGCCCCUGGGAAGGAGACACCAGCGGUGAUGCAGUCCUGGGCUUCCACACACUGGGCUCUGUGGGGCCUGGGCCCAACUCAGCCCCCGGCCAGCUGUGGCUCUGAGCAUUCACCACUGGGCUUCCAUGCACAGCCCUCAACAGGGGAACUCAUGCUUGGGCUUCCACCCUGCCCCGUCAGGGGGUGGGGAUUGCUGUCCUCUGGGGUCAGCCCCUCUGCAGGCAGGGGGGUGCUGAGCCCAGCGCUGGAGUGCCCUGCCCUGGCCAUGAUCAUGCCAGCUGCGGAAGCCAGCACCUUUGACAAGCCAUGGUGCCUGGCUGCCUCCCAGCCAGGGCACAGAGAGCGGAGCCAGCUCUCCCCUCCCCGGGGGCCUCUACCCCCAUCACUGAGCUCGGCCCAGCCUCCCCCUGCCUACAGCCCCUCCCCAGGGAGCCGCCCCCAGCUGUAUGAGACCCGCAGAGCUCCCCAGCCCCAGGGCACCAGCACCCUCACAACUCCCUCAGGCGGGCUGGCCCCCGGGGAUGGGUGCAGCUUGCAGUCCUGGUCUUCCCGGGCCCUGCAAUGGGGAGAGGCAGGGGGUGGCCCCGGGUCCCUGUGCUGGGGCACAUGGAGACUGGGAGGCCCCAGGGACUGACCAGGCCCUUUGUGCUAGUGACCCCUGUCUGAGAGUCCUGCUGGCCACGUAUCUGCAUGAGCUGCUUGGAGCACCCCCAUCACCUGCUCCCCUUGCCCAUCUGUGCCCCCCCUCUUCCCUCCAGCGCAGAGACAGCUGCAGCUUGCACCUCUCCAGCCUAGCGCGGAUCCUGUGUAUCAUUAAAGCCCACCUGGUGGUUCCGA